AUGCCACGCACUUGUUCGUUCCCUCUAAAUCGUAGGGAGGAAAUGCUGGAAGCACUGAAGGCGCUCUCGACCUUUUUUGUCGAAAACAGUUUGCGCACCCGAAGAAAUUUGCGUGGAGACAUUGAACGACGAAGCUUAGCUAUAAAUGAAGAAUUUGUCCACAUAUUCAAGCAAGUUAAAGAGGAGCUUGAGAGUAUAAACGAAGAUGUGCAAGCGAUGAGCAGCUGCUGUGAAGAUAUGUCCAGUCGUUUGAAGGCAGCAAAGGAACAAACCCAGGACUUGAUAGUAAAAACCACAAAACUCCAGGCAGAAAAUCAGAGACUAGAAAUGAAAGCCCAAGUUGCAGAUGCAUUCAUAGCAAAAUUCCAACUGACACCGGAUGAAAUGAACCUCCUUCGAGGCACGAAAGAUGAGCCAAUUACUGAGGAUUUUUUCAAGGCUUUGGGAAGAGUAAAGCAAAUUCACGAUGAUGUCAAGAUUCUCCUCCGGACAAAUCAGCAACGGGCAGGCUUGGAAAUUAUGGAACAGAUGGCUUUACUGCAAGAGACUUCUUAUGAACGACUUUACAGAUGGACUCAAAAUGAAUGCAGGACUUUGACACAAGAAUCAUGUGACAUUUCACCAGUUCUUGCACAAGCCAUGGAAGCUUUACAAGAUAGACCUGUCCUGUAUAAGUACACGUUGGAUGAAUUUGGAACAGCUAGAAGGAGUGCUGUAGUCCGUGGCUUUAUAGAUGCUCUUACUAGAGGAGGUCUGGGAGGUACUCCCCGCCCUAUUGAAAUGCACUCCCACGAUCCUCUGAGGUACGUAGGAGACAUGCUGGCCUGGUUGCAUCAAGCUACAGCUUCUGAAAAAGAACACCUAGAAGCUAUGUUAAAGCUUGUAACUAUUCAAGGUGUGGAAGAAAAUAUACAAGAAGUAGUUGGGCACAUCACAGAAGGUGUCUGCAGGCCUCUGAAGGUUAGAAUUGAGCAGGUGAUUGUUGCCGAGCCAGGAGCAGUUUUACUGUACAAGAUUUCUAAUCUUCUCAAGUUCUACCACCAUACAAUCAGUGGUAUUGUAGGAAACAGUGCAGCUACACUGUUGACAACAAUUGAAGAAAUGCAUUUGUUGAGCAAGAAGAUAUUCUUUAAUAGUCUGAGUCUUCAUGCAAGUAAACUAAUGGACAAG